AGCCGAGCCGAGCUGCUUGCUUCUGUCCGUGCAUCCUCCCGCGGUCCGGCCAUGUCUUCGGGAGGCAGCCUGAGCACCAUGCAGCGGCUGGUGGAGCAGCUGAAGCUGGAGGCGGGCGUGGAGAGGAUCAAGGUCUCUCAGGCAGCUGCAGAACUCCAGCAGUACUGUAUGCAAAAUGCCUGCAAAGAUGCUUUGCUUGUUGGGGUUCCUGCGGGGAGCAAUCCCUUUCGAGAACCCCGAUCCUGCACUCUACUCUGAAAUCAGGGAAGGUCAUCAGAGAGUUGCCUUCAAGCAUGACAUGCUUAACAACUGCCUUUCUUUCACAAGAAGAAUCUCUCUCUCUGUGUCCUAACUUGUGUGUCUAAACCAGUUUCCUAAAUAUUCAUCUGUUUGUUUUCUUGUGUAUCCGAACUUCAGUCUUUUGCUUAUGUUCAUAAAGUUUUCUAAUGUAACUGUUACUCUUUUCAGAAUUGUCACAAUUGUUGCUACGCUGUGCUAACUAUACAAAUACUACUUGAGAAGUUUACAUUUUAGAAAAGA